CUGUUUGGAAUUUUAUUCUCCACCUCCUCCCCACCCCCACAGGGAGCUUUCCAUAUGGCAGAAAAAUAUAGAACAAGUUGGAGGGGUUGGUCACUGGGGUCUUGGGUGUGUCUCUAGUAGACUCCGCCCCGGGCAGGUGCCAUCACCCCGGGUCCCGAAGGCACUCCUCGCUCCAGGCUGCCGCUGGGAGGUGGGUGCGUGAGCACCGAGUCGGGACGGGAGCCGGGGGCCGGCGCCAGAAGACCGACGGCCAGUGCCUAGCUCGACCUCGCUGCGCGCUCUCAUUUCUUCCUCUCCGGGAAAAGCUCCCCGCGGCCUCUCAAGUCCUCAAAUGGACCACAAGGCUCUGGUGCCCGAGGGGAGGAGGAAGGCGACGGUGUCCCCGAGAGCCGGUCGCACACGCGCGCUCUCACCAGCUCAGCUUGCAGCCCGGCCACGGCGCUCUAGACGCUCGGGUUUCUGCUCCUCCUGCGCCUCCGCUUCCGCCUCCGCCGGGGGGCGCCGGGAGCACCCUCGCGGCACAGCCAGCUGGAAGGCGCCCGCGAGCCGCCGCCUGAGGUCUUCCGGCAGCCGGCAUGGGGGCGACGGGGGCCUCCUCCUGGCGGUCCGUGCGCUUGCUGCCCCCGGGGGAGCCGCGCGUCGGGCAAGGGCCUCGGGGCCAAAGCCCAACACUGACUGGGACUCCGUGGGGUCCCCGGGAAGUCGCUUCUCUGCGGCUGCCGGAGUCCCCGGGGCCCAUUCCAGAGGCGGCGGGGCCCAUUCCAGCGGCAAUCGGAGGAGGUGGUUCCCCGUAACUCCGCGAAGAGGUUGCAACUGGAUCACUUCUUGCUCCUUGGAGUGUCUAAGAGGAAGACUUGUAUCUCUCCAGAUCAUUUACUUCAACAAGAACUUCAGAUCCUUGACAGAUGACAUCAUGAUCCACCUUUGCCUCUGAUACUCAUAGCCUCACUUUGCUAAAGAAAUGAAUCAUGGCAGGAGAGAAGCAACAUAAGGCAUGGAAAACCAUAGAGCCUAACUAAUGCAUUGCUUAAAAUAUCCAGUAGAUUUCACCCCAGUUGAUCUUCCUAUAAUGAGACAGUGGAUAAAGGCUCUCUGCUUAACAACAAGGUAGGUAAAUGAGAAAUCUUUUCAGUUUCCAAUUGAUGGUGAAAAAAUUUGUUGAACUGAGUGUUUAUACAUAAGUGUACUUUAAUAAAUUCCAAGUGGUCAACAGCAAAUGCCAGUUGAAAACCAUUCUGUGAAUCUUCGGAAAUUUGCUUAUUUAAGGUUAAAAUUAUUCACUUCUCAAUCUCAUUUUUUUUUAUUUUUUAAAAAUGUUCAAUAUUCUAAACAUAUGCAAAGAUAAAGAAUUUAAAGUGAUCCUUUAUAUGCACUUCACCCAAAUUUGACAACUGUCAGCUCAGAGCCAACACAGUUUUAUUUAUAGCCUUACCCACUCCUCUUCCUCCUUCUUAGGGAUUAUUUUGUAAUACAUGCCAAACAUCCUAUCAUUUAACAUAUAAAUAUUUUAAUAUGAAUCUCUAAAGGAUAAGAAUGCUCUUUAAAAAUAUAACUACAAGUGGAACAAGAUGGCAACAGAGUAGGAGGACACUAGACUCAUCUCGUGUCAUGAACACAACUAGAUGACUAUCAAAUUAUCCCAAAUACCCCGGAAAUUGACCUUAAUACAGAACAAAUUCCACAACUAAAGGGAGAGAAGAGGCCACACCGAAGAUGGCAGGAAGGCAGGAUGUGGUUUAGGGAGAAAUGGAUCAUAGGUGCUGCAAAGGGAAGGGAGCCAUGGUCACAGAAAAGGGUGAGAGAGAGAGAGGAGCACACAGGAGAACACACAAGGAGGAUGCUUCCCCAAAGCCAUUGGCUUGGAAAACAAGAGGGGCUGAAUUUUGUGAGUUCAUGAAACCAUCAGGGCUUAAAGCCCGUAGUGUUAAAAGUCAGUGAGCUUGGCUGGGAUAGACCCCUGAGGGCACUGUCCUGCUCCAGGAGAGAAGGCAGGCAAACAACAGGGGGAGGGGCUGGGACAGACGGUGUGAAAACAGCAAUCUGAAGAAUGCCUGGGGCACACAGUACGGAUAUUAUUCACUAGUCUAGGAGCUUCCCCGUGAGGCAGUUUUCACAGUGAUUCCUCUCCAGGAACAAAAGACCGUCUGGUGCCAUUUCACUCUCCUACUCCUCAGCAUAAACACAGAGCCACUCGCAGGAAGCAGCGCAGCUCCAACACAGGCUACCUAACUUGCUUACACCAAGUCCCACCCCACUGCGGUCUGGAGGGAUGGCUCUUCUCAGUCAACCUUGCCUCAGUACCAGCAUGGCAGACCCUUUCCCAAGAACACUAGUGAUGUGGAAACCUAACACAGGCUAAGGGCAAAGCACAAGCUAGCACAUGACCACCACCACCACCCCCACCCCAGGUGGGAUA